AUGGCUCUGAACAUUGCUUCGACACUUCUCCUGGCUACAGGAGUCACCCUCCUAAUUUAUCUCAUUAAAUGGUGGAGUAGGAUCAAACUGAAGAACCUACCCCCAGGACCUACACCUCUACCAGGCUUGGGGAAUAUCCUUCAGCUAAGCCCCUCAGAACUACCACAGUCUUUAGUUAAGCUGAGUGAGAAAUAUGGACCUGUCUAUACCCUCUACAUAGCCAAUCUUCGGACGAUAGUACUGAUUGGGUAUGAUGCUGUGAAGGAAGCAUUGGUGGACCGCAGCGAUGCGUUUAGUGAUAGGGGAGACACAGGAACAGGAGAUUUUUUCUUUAAGGAUUUUGGGAUCAUUUCAAGUAAUGGAGAAAGAUGGAAAAUCCUUCGUCGAUUUUCUCUGACAACUUUGAGAAAUUUUGGAAUGGGAAAGCGAAGCAUUGAAGAAAGAAUUCAAGAAGAAGCCAGAUGUCUCUCUGAGAAAUUUAUGAAGGAAAAAGAUAUUCCAGUUGACCCAACAUAUAUUCUACGACUUGCUGUUUCCAAUGUUAUUUGCUCCAUUGUGUUUGGUGAAAGAUUUGACUAUGAAGACCAAAAAUUCUUGACUCUCUUGUCAUACGUUAAUGAUACUUUCGCUUUGUUCAACAAUCGUUCAGGGCAGCUUUUGAGCAUGUUACCAACCGUAAUGCCCUACAUUCCUGGUCCUCACCAGAAGAUCUUCAAAAUUAUAGACAAUCUGAAACUAUUUCUUAAGGAUAUAGUCAAAACCCACCAAGUCACCCUGGAUGAGAACUGCCCUCGCGACUUCAUAGAUUGCUUCCUCAUGAAGAUGGAAGAGGAAAAAAAUAAUCCAGAUACAGAAUUUUGUAACAAGAAUCUAGAAGGGGCAAUAUUUGACUUAUUCUUUGCUGGAACAGAGACUACAAGUUUGACUUUGAGAUACAGUUUUCUUGCACUCUUGAAAUAUCCAGAAAUACAAGAGAAGAUCCACAAAGAAAUUGACAAUGUAAUUGGCAAAGAUCGCUGUCCAUCAAUAGAAGAUAAGAGUAAGAUGCCGUAUACAGAAGCUGUAAUCCAUGAGGUCCAGAGAUUUGCUGAUAUUGUCCCUUUUGGAGUACCCCAUGCUGUAAGCAAGAACACAACCUUCAGAGGAUAUGACAUUCCAAAGGGAACCAUGGUGUUUCCAGUCCUGACCUCUGUUUUGAAAGACCCAAAACAAUUCAAGAACCCGGAGGAGUUUGAUCCUGGACGCUUUGUUAAUGAGAAUGGUGGCUUUAAGAAAAGUGAUGCAUUUAUGCCAUUUUCUAUAGGAAAACGCAUGUGUAUAGGAGAGGGCCUGGCUCGCAUGGAGCUCUUCCUCUUUCUUACCACCAUUCUGCAAAAGUUUACCUUGGAGCCUACAACAGACAGAAAGAAAUUGAGCAUAAGACCAGAGCCCAACACCAACGCUUCAAGACCUUAUCCAUACCAGAUGAAGGUUGUCCCUCGUUUAUGA